AUGUGGCGACUGGACACAAUCGGCAUCCCCGACCUUUUCUCGUUGGACCCAGCAACUCACCCAGAGUUGCAUCAAAUCAACGGACAGAUCAUUAAAAAGCAAAACGGCGACGGCGUGAGUGUGUAUGCGGGGGUUGUCUUUAGUGAGGCGCCGACGCUCUCUGAUGCGUGUUGUUGUCCACGGUUUUAUUCUAUUCUUUUGCGAAACGAGGAAAAUUCAGGUAAAAAGCAAAUUGUAAAUUUGACGAAGGGGAACCUCGUCGAAGCGCUUCACCAGAGAGGCGUGUCAGUGCCGUCCGGCUCACCGAAGAAAGAACUCAUCGUUAAGCUGUACUGGCAGCACGUUUCGAACGACGGUCGCUUCCCAUCGGGUGACCACUCGAGCGACGAGGACCGUCCGAGAUACCUCCAACAACACGACGACAGCUACACGCUCCCGGAGGUGUCCGACAGCAUCACGUCACUUUCAGAUGACGCCUUGUUGGCCAAGCACCGCGACUUGGGUUUCCAGGCAGGCCCUGUUGUAACCUCGACUCGGAGCCUGUUCGAGAGGCAGCUUCAGCAGCUGCUGAACAAUAGCAGCGUCCCAACCACUCCGUCCGUCCCAACCAACGAGUUGUCUGCCACAGAGGAGUAUGAGGAAGAGGAGCCUCAAGUCAUCCCCGAGAACAACUCUGACGAAGAGGACGGUCCUUUCUGUAGGGGCCUGCAGGGGGAACCCACGACCAUCUUCCUUCUGCGUGCCCAAAGUGUCCGGUUCAACCUGAGCAACAGCAACUCCCCCGGCGUGAACGAGGCCGUGCAACCGAGUCGGCGUUGGUUCACCUACAGCACCCGCAGCAGCAGCCUUCCUCAGGCCGGUUCACCUGUCCAGGUGACGCAGCGUUCCAGAGCGGGAACUCGUAGAGAGGACAUGGCGGGCCGUAGGGUGGCCACCACGCCGGCUGUUGGCAAGCAGCGGCGCAUAUCCAUGGUGGUCAAGGUGCUCAUCGUGCUGACGGUAAUUACCGUGAACGUGCUCACCUACGUGCGAACGCCCGUCGAGCAGGGGUCGCAAAAAAGCAAGAUCUUAACCAGUAGUUCCUUCAUCGCUCCCAUUAAACUAGUAACGCUGCCCCGUUUGGAAUUGCUAGCUUGCUUGUUAGGAGCACGUCCCUUUGACUAG